AAUGCGAAACCCAGCGAGGAUGGAAUGGAGGAAGUGAUUAUAAGAGAUGCGGAUGAAAAGCCUCAAGACCAUCCCACUUCAAAGAAAGAACAACCGGACAAUGCGAAACCCAGCGAGGAUGGAAUGGAGGAAGUGAUUAUAAGAGAUACGGAUGAAAAGCCUCAAGACCAUUCCGCUUCAAAGAAAGAAGAUUUGAGGAUUUUGAAAAAUGUCCUUGUAAUCAGCUUUGGUUUCCUGUUUUUAUUUACGGCGUUUCAAUCACUGCAGAAUCUUCAAAGCAGUUUAAACCCUGACCAGGGUCUUGGACUUGCAAGUUUAAGUGUUGUGUACGCAGCUCUUACCUUAUCUUGCAUACUGGUACCCCCAUACAUGAUCGGAAGGCUUGGUUGUAAAUGGACCCUAGUCAUAUCGAUGUUUGCCUAUGUUCUCUAUACAGUAGCGAACUACUAUGCCCGUUGGGGAACAAUGAUACCGGCUUCUAUACUACUUGGUGCUUCCGCCGCUCCCUUUUACCACUCCCUUGGUGACCCCCUAAUGGUUGUUGUUGUCUUUGCAUUAGGUGCUUCCGCCGCUCCCUUGUGGGCCUCCAAGUGUACGUACCUUUCUUCCUCAGGCAUACGUCUGGCAGAGAUCACGGGACAGGCCCAGGAAGCCAUCGUUACACGCUUCUUCGGCAUUUUCUUUCUCAUCUUCCAGAGCGGGCAAAUCUGGGGGAAUCUGAUCUCAUCCCUUGUGCUCGGACAAAAAGGCCCGGACAUCUUCCGAGAAGAUGCCAAUGAGGUGUGCGGAGUCAACUUCUGCGGGGAUCCGCCCAAAGACCCCAAUAUGACAGUUAACGUGACUGACACGCUUGCCUUGCCCGAGUACUCCCUGGUCAUUACCCUGUUGAGUAUCUACGUGGGGUGUGGCGUGAUAGCCGUGCUCCUCAUUGUCGUAUUCCUGGACCGGCUGACGGGUGAUAUGUCACGCAAGAAGGAGAGCGUGACUGGCGUGACAUUACUAGUGGCGACCCUUAAGCACCUCAAAGAUCGCAGGAUGCAGCUUGUGUUACCCAUCACUGUUUUCAGUGGACUUGAACAAGCGUUCAUAUUUGGAGAUUUCACCAAGGCGUUUGUCACGUGCUCAUUGGGUAUCCACAAAGUCGGUUUUAUCAUGAUUUGCUUUGGCGUGACCGACGCGGCGUUCUCGUACAUUCUUGGGCGCCUUACGCAGUACACGGGCAGAUUAGCGGUGUUCGUCAGCGGUUUGGUGGUCCACCUGACUGUACUCAUUAUCAUGUUAGCAUGGACUCCUGACGCUAGCCUCGUCUGGAUCUUCUAUGUACUGGCUGCACUUCAAGGCUAUGGAGAUGCGGUCUGGCAGACGCAAAUAAACGCCAUAAAAAACAAGUGAUAGAGGGAAAAAAACGAAAAAGAAGUCAAGGCCACUGGCCGAAGAUCGAACCUCAUCCAUAUCACAAAAACUGGGCGAAAAAUAGACCAUACCUUUAGCAUCUGUUAUGGACUGUACUAAAGUUGAUAAAUAUUCAUAGUUAUGAAUUGAUGUUUUCAGGCGUACUGCCAGGAUUUGUAGUGAGAUGGCGGUUUGGUGAGCAAUAACAAAAAUAUGAAAUAAUGAUAUACAUGGUGUUUCAUAAGAAUAGACCGCAAUUCGGUUGCCACGAAGUGUGCCCCCACCUUUCUUCCACAAGCUGGUUUCAGGUUUUCUGUUGUUGUUUUCUAAAUGCACCCAGACGUAAUCUUACCUUCCCCAUCGUCGUAAACCUCCGUAACGAAGUCAUCACCACUGCCGUCACGUGGUUCGAGGUAAGACGCAGGCACAGAGCCCAACUCCACAUCAACAUCAACGAAACACCAACCUAAAAUGGUCUAACAUAAGAGACCUGCACCCCCAUGUAAUGAUAAGUGAACAACCAACCUAAAAACCAAAAA